AUUAUCGUCCAAUAAUAGUUUAAAUAACAACAGUAAAUAUCGAUGACGAAAAAUAACCGGACGAACUUCGUCAUAAAUUCAAUAUGGCGUCGACUUCGAAUAGGAAUUUUGCGAAGAAACAAAAAUGGUCAUUUUCAUUCGUUCAAAGAAGCAAAUUAGAAAGACAAAUGGAAUUACCCUCUCCUCCAGGAUAUAGCUCUUCACUGGGACAAGUACAUGCCGAAGCGAGCAAAGAAACCGACGCCACUUUAAUAGUAAAGAAAUCUUGGGAUAUAGCCCUUGCACCACUAAAACAAGUUCCAAUGAAUCUUUUUAUUAUGUACAUGGCCGGAAAUUCUAUUUCCAUUUUUCCCAUCAUGAUGGUUGGAAUGUUAUUUCUCCGUCCAGUAAAGGCACUGAUCACGAUACAGUCGACAUUCAAACUGAUUGAAGGAGGACAGGCACUAUUUCAGAAAAUAGUGUAUUUAUUUGGUAAUGUCGUGUGUUUGGCUCUGGCUCUUUACAAGUGCUCUUCAAUGGGAUUACUCCCAACACACGCUUCAGACUGGUUAGACUUUGUCGAACCACAACAGAGAAUGGAAUUUUCUGGAGGAGGAAUUAUUUUAUGAUUGAACAGUCCAACUCAAGUGAAGAUACUUCAUGCAUUUUGAAUAUUAAUGUAAAGAAUUUGAAUUACUUUUUGUAAAAAUAUUCUUCUGGUUAUGUAUCUAAUUCAAUUUGUAACAUUCAGAAUAUUAGGUAAUGCAUAAAUCUCUAUUUGAUUAAAUGCACCCACAGCACUAUUUGUUUGGAGUAAAAUUUAAAAUGAUUGUACAAUUGAAUAAAAAAUAUAUAAUUUAUUAUGUUAUGUAAAGUUGAACAGUUUUCUUUUUGUAUGAUAAUAAAUAAAGUUGUUUGAAAUUCUUUUACACACA